CGUCUCUGCUCGCCCUUCGACCUGCACGCCAGCCUGCAACACCUACUGGCCAGACAGUUGUCGCUGCCAGCGCCCGCCGUCUCUCGUGGACGCUCGCUGUUCGUCCCGCUACCAGCCAAUCGCACCUGCCGGGAGAUCGGCGCUGCGGAACACUGGUGUGCCUGUGUCAACUGGGUGCCCGUGAGACCCACGCCGCCGGCAGCGGGUCCACGCCGCGUCAUCUGGCCAACGGCGGUGCGCCAAGCCGCACAGGCUCUUGUCAGCACUCUGAACGAUGCCACGCGAGUGCUGGUCAGUGAGAGCCGGGGGCAAGAAGCGGGCACCGCUACGUCCGUUCGACUGGUGGGCAUGUGUCACCUGCUGCGACUCAAACAGGCAGGUUGCGUUUCAAUAUCUGCGCUCUGCACUCAGAAACCAUCGUCUGGUACUGGGGCCCACUUUAUAAACUUACAGUAGAUGGGAUAACUCAUGAAAUGUCGACCAGAUUUCCAAAAUGCAUUCUUGUCUCGAAAAGAUUAAUUAAGUAGUGUUGCAAAACCAAUUAUCAUGCAGCAUAAUUUUAUAAUAAUUCAGUUAUCUCAGGAUGCCGGCUUUCGAAUGAACUUCUUUCCGACUGUAUGCAAAAACCAUACUCUGCAAAAAUGGCUACUUAAGUAACAUGCAUUUUUAUCAUUGAAUGUUUAUGCCCUUAAACAUUCAAUUGUAUUUAAUAAAAAACAUGCAUAAAAAUAUUCAGUUUUCGCUUAUUCGGUAGGAAGUUAGGUCCUUCUCUAAUUUUAUACUCGGAGGAAGGAUAUAAUUUGGUUUUUAAAAAGGCUUCUAAUUGCGGGAUUUUUUAAUACUGUGAAAUGGCCGUUCAUAAAACGUCAUGUCUCUGCAUUUACUAAUGUGGCUUGCAAAGUUACCAAUAUGGAUCGAAUCAACUGCUUACUUUUAUGAAACUUAUAUGGUGUUCUUUAUUACCGUAGAGAAAUGCGCGGUUUUUCGUUCGUGGAAAAUAUACGGCUUGUAGUUUGGAAACCCUGAAUCCAAGUCUGAUGGUAGAGCAGAUUCAAAAUUAUUCGGGAAUUAAAAAAGUUUUUUAAAACCUAACUAUGUCAUUCCUUCGAGUAUAAAAUUAGAAAAAGACGUAAUUAUCUACCGAAUGAGCAAAUAAUGAACAUUUUAAUUCAUGUUUUCCAUGAAAUAUAAUUGGACUUUUAGAGGCAUCGAAAAUCAAUGAGAAAAAUUCAUGCUACUAAGGGGUCCUUUUUUACAGAGUGUAGAUUUUGCAUGCAGCCGGAAAGAAGUUUAUUUGAAAGCCGGCAUCCUGAGGUGGCUGAAUUAUUAUAGAAGUAUGUUGCAUGAUAACUUUUUUUACAACACUACUUAAUUAAUCUUUUUUAAACGAAAACACAUUUUGGAAAUCUGGUUGACAUUUCAUGAGUUAUCCCACCUACUAUACCUCCUGGGAGAUUUGGAAUGUUGACUGGAAUUCUGAAGUGUGUUUUCCCUUAUAAAAGAUUACUUUAUUAGGGUUGUCGCAUAAUGUUAAGAUAUUCCAGUCACUUUAAGAUGCUGGCUUUCGAAGGAUCCCCUUGUCGACCGCCUGCAUGAGAUAUAUUUCGCAAAGGUGAUCACAUUAUUAGUGUGAGUUUUUCCAUUAGUUUUUACUAUCUUUAUAAAUUCACAUGUAUUUUAUGGAAAACAUGCAUACAAAUAUUUUUUCUUCUACUCAUUUGGUAGCAAAUUGCGUCUUCUUCGAAUUCUAUACUUUACCGAAGAGUAUCUUACGGUUCUAAAAAACUUCCUCAAUGCUCGAAUAAUUUUGAACACGAUCCACUGUUAAAAGUGCAUUCAGGGUUUCGAAACUACAAGCUGUAGGCUAUAUGCUGUUAUGAUAGAGACAUAUAAUACUCAUAAAAUUUUGUGAUUGGUGGGCCACAUUGCCCGCUUUAUAAUCUGAUGUGAUGCUUUACGAGUGGAAAUUUCGUGGUACUGAUAAAUUUUACAAUAUAAAUUUUUUUAAAACCAGGAAGAUACACUUUCUCCAAGUAUAGGAUUUUAGGAAGACGCGAGUUGCUAUCAAGUGAGUAGAAAACAGAAUAUUUUUAUGGAUGUCUUCUAUAAAGGGACAUAGAAAAUCAAUUAGAAAGACGCAUUCCGUUUAAGUAGUCAUUUUUGCAGAAUUUAGUUUACGCCGAAAGCCGACAUCCUGACGUGACUGAAAAAUCUUGCAACGGGACAAUUAACCUGAGAACCCUGCUUGAGUAACCUUUUCGAAUUGAAAACGCAUUUCAGGAUUCCGGCAAACAUUUCAAGCGAUAGCGCGUCUCCGGCAUACUCACGAAAUCGGCUACUACUACAGCGCGAAGAACCCCAGGCCGGUGGGACACAGUCAUGGGAACCCCUGCCCCUUACGGGUGGCCUUUCCACCAGUUCCAGGGGGAGGGGGAUUUGGAUUUAGUGCAAGGAGGGUUAGGAUUUAGGCCAAGUUGCCAGAUAAAGCUAAAAGUUAGGAAACGGGGACAGGAAGCCCUUAGCGUUCGACACAAGACCUCAUGUAGUACUGGGGGGGGGGGCAUAUUCCAGUUCCUGACUCGUUAUUGAUGGUCAGGCGUACAAGCGAAGCGGAGAGUGCCUGGCAGCAGUUGAGGAGAAGAAGAAGAUGCUGUCGAUGUAACGGGAAUUUGGCGCAUCCGGAGUUUCGGAUUUGCAGUCGAAUCCAUCUGGGGCUGUCGGUAUUCCAGGAGAAUAGGGAUCCUACGCAUUACCAGUGGCCUUGCGGUAGAUUCAGGACAUGGAAAUAGACAUCCUCCUGGAAUUUAGCACACAGUCACCUAUAGUACGUGUGACCACACCCGAGUUCGUGAACGAAGAUGUCCACCGUGUGUCCCACAGCGGGGUAAGAGCAGGCACGUUGUCUUGCACACGGAGUAGACUCGUGCAGCAUCUUCCGCACUCUCUCCUCUUCCCCUCCCCGGGCCCGGUGUCAAAACAGGGUCAAAAGACCAGAGACGGAGGAGGGCGCAAGGGGCAUGGAAUAAACCCACAUACUUUAGGCGACGUGAAUAAUGAAAUUUGCCUCAGAAAGGAAACUAAUCUAAAUCAAACAACUGGGAAUUACCGGGACAGGUUCCAGAUGAGCACAUGGGUUUGCCUGUCUGCAAAAGUCAGGUUUCCCCCUCCUUAUGUAGACUGCUUCCGAGGAGCGUAGCGGCUGAGUUGUUCGUGUCGGAACAAGAACCUAGAAGGCCGUUUUUAGAUCGACGGAGUGACCGCUGUCAAGGAGGUGUCUUGUAAUAGAAGAGCGGGGAAUUUUAUUCUCCUACUUUAAAAGCCUUCUGAUUUAGUUGUCAGUUGCCUUUGGUCUCAUCCAGUCUACUUACGUCCACAAAUGUACAGUAGACGUGUUAUCUCAUGAAACGCUGAUUGGAAUUCCAAAAUGUGCUUCCAUUUGGAAAAGACUCCCUAAGUAGGGUUGCCAAAUUAAUUAUUUCCUCACAUAAUCUUGAGAUGUUCCAGUCACUUCAGGAUGCCGGCUUCCGAAAGAGCUCCUUACUGGCCGCUGGCAUAAGCUAUAUUUCGUAAAAAAUGACUGAUUAAGUAGCACGGAUCUCACCCAUUGAUUUUUAAUACCCCUAUAACAUCAGAUAUGUUUUGUGGAAAACACACGCAAAUAUUCCUUCUUUUACUCAUCUGGUAUCAACUUACGUCCUCUUCAGAUUUUAUAAUUGGUGAAGGUUGUAUCUUUUAAUUUCAAAUGAUUUCUUAUUGUAAGAUUUUUCAAGACUGUUAACCGUUCAAUCGUACAGCAUCGUAUCAGCGCAUAUAUUAAUGCUCCUCUUAAAGUAGACAACAUAGUCCACAUUCAUUGCAAAAUUUUAUGAGACCUACAUGUUCUCUUCAUAAUGACAUAUAGAGUUAUACGAUUUUCUUUACAAGAAAAGUGUACACUUUGCAGUUCUGAGACCCUGAAUCCAAGUGUAGCUGCAGGUUACGUUCAAACUUAUUCGGAAAUUGAAAAAGUUUGUUAAAACAGGAAAGCACUUUUUUAAAGUAUAAAACUUGAAGAAUGAAUGAUUGAAUACCAGAUGAGUAAAAAAGAAUAUUUUUAUGCUCCUUUUCUACAAAAUAUAUUUAUAUUUAUAAGGGUGUCGAAAUCGAUAGAAAGACUUCACGCUACUGAAGUAGUUACUCUCGCGGAAUAUAGCUUAUGCCAGAUUUCCGUAGGAGGCUUGCUCGAAAGCCGGCAUUCUGACGUGGCUGGAAUAUCUUAGGGUUAUACGACAUAGAGACUAAUAUGGCAAUCUUUUCGAAUUGCAUACACAUUUCAGCACUUCGGUCAACAUUUCAUAAUAUAGUCUAUCCACUCUAUGUGAAUUCAUAAACACAACUCAAACUGGUCCGCAAUAGAAAGGUAUCUUUUGUCCCUUGAAUUGGAAUAAUUUUAAUAGGACCUCUGUGUAUAAGUUGGCCUGCACCGCAAUCGUUGCUUUAUUGUGUCUAAAUUUUUUUCGUCUUUACGAGGCAAGGAUAUUACAAGGGGCCUUUUCGCAACCGACUGUUCUAUCCAUUUUUGCCGCAAGGGCUUAACCUACUUUUGAAUGAGACAUGCUGGAUAGCCACGUUUAAGGAGGAUUGCCCUGCGACAGGUAAAUUCUGCUUCCAGUGCCUCAGUGGAAAAAAUUUUCGCACUCUGUGGAAGAUUCUAGACGAGGUUACAUUUUCGUUGUGCUGGAUCAAUACUCGGUGCUGAUCUUCACACCUACUCUUGCAGAAGAUUGAUCGCCUGAUUGAACCGUCAUAGAUUAUACUGAGUAUAUUGGGCUGUAAGCCAGCUGUUUUCGCACCAAUUUCUUGUGCAAAUUCGACUCGCGGCAUUCCCCUAUUCGUUAUAUAUCUUAUGCAGCGAGGCGUUGCCGUUGAUAAACUGUCGCGAACUUUAUUAAUACCCUUUAAUCCUGUUAUUUAUGCCUGUUUUAACUUCUUUCCGGGGACAAAAUGCCUCGAAUCACGACACUUUUGACAGUUACCGUCACAAGUUAAUUUCAUUUGCACACCUGAUAACGAAUUUAAUUAAAUAUCGAGCGUGACAUGAUCGUUUAUGGAUCUGGAACAUGCUCUUCCAAUUGCGCCCUUGAGUUAAGUCUAACAGAUCCUAAUGGUGUCGCAUAACACUCACUGAACAAGCGAAGAUGUGAGUUCCAGAAACUAGUUGAUCAGAAGAAGAAGAAGAAGAAGAAGAAGAAGAAGAAGAAGAAGAAGCGAUCGCUGGAACAAGGGCUUUAUUCGCCUGACGUUUCGGAUUCUCACUUUAACCCACCAUCCUAGACAGUGGCAGAAAAGGGUGGCUCGUGCACAGGAAGUUGCAGUAUUUAUAGGAUGCAGUCGCUAUGCUACGGCACACCUAUAGCAAUUAACCGUGCUCCCCUUCAUCAAGGAUUGUUGCCCGCUGGUGCGCUGAUUGCUUGAUGGCCGGCAUGCGAGUUGUUCAUUGCCGAAAUGUCCACACCUGGGUCGGAUGCUGGCGUGAUGAUUGCUCGGCCAUCGGGCUCACCGGGUUGCGCGCUCCCCGAGUGGUUAAUUACCUUGGCCAGCCUAUGCCUCAGCACGGAAUAUGGAGUUGGGCUGUCGUUGCACUUGUUGAUAGCCUGAUGAUGGUUCUUCUUCUGGUCCUAACCGCACCUCUCCGUAUUCUCUUCUCACCCAGAUCAUAUCAGCCGAGUUUGCGCAGAUCUCCGAGGGCGUUGUGCGCUUCAGGAAUUCCAAUGAUCGGGACGGCCGAAUGCCCAACCUGGCGUCUGAAGAGCCCCCCGACAGCGUUGCCCUAAAAUCUCGCCUCGCUGUAAGGAUCCACCUGCUCCUGGAACCGGCGGAUGCGCACUUCGAGGCCCUCCUGCACACCACGCAGGAGGCCUCAAGUUAUAAAGUGCAGAGUCUGGAGGAUAUUCGACGUUUAGAUGAGUAUGAGCGUCACGCCAAGUGUCUGGAUUCUCAGCGCUGGAGCAAGGCUCGACAGUUGUGUAUUUGCAGGGACGCCCAAACCGACAGUGUUCGGUGA